UAGUGAAUUAUAAUGAAUUGGAGUGAACUGAUAAUUGUACUUAAUGAACCGAAAGCGUAAAACUGUUUUUUUUUUUUUCUAGACUGUCUGACGGACCAGCGGAGAAUGAGAGUGAGAGUUAGAAAAAAUUAGGGAUGUUGGUUAGCGGGGGUGGACUGUUGGAGUGGGAUUAGGAAUUGUUACUAUUGGUUCAGCUUGACAAAUUUUUAAGAAGAAGAGCAUGGAGUGGUUAAAGAAAUUAAUUCAUUGGUGCUGGGAAUUUUGGCGGGGGUACUCUGCACAAGGGUAAAAGAAUUGCUGGAUCAGGAUUGGAUGAGGAUGACUUCUUUGUAAAUGAAUAAGGAGUUUUAGUGGGGUUUUCCAGGAAGGGUCAUUGAGUCAUAAAAUUAGGAGAGCCCGCAUAUGCAUCGCAUAAACAACGUCAAUAACAGUCAAACUAACUAUGCUUUCUAUAAACAUUUCCGUUAGGCUCUACUCAUUGUCAGUAGACCUAAAACCUAUAUAUUAAAUAACCAUAUCUUUGGGUCGCUAUGUGAUGAAAACCAGACCCACUGUUUAGUCUUCCCAUAGUCCGACAUAGACCACGUACGUAGGAUCUGAUUUUCCACGCGGACGUAACAGCAAUGUUAUAUAAUACAUAUAAAUUCUUAUCGAUCAGAUAUCAGUUAUAUAGAGGGUUAACUGUAAAAAAAGAAAACAAAGACCGUCUAGCAUCAAAGAAUUUAUCAUGAUUUUAAACAUAUAUACAUUUACUAUAAUUUCUAUCCAAUGAAACUAGAUGAUAUUUGUAUAUCUGCAUGAAAUAUAAAACUCUUUGAUAUUUUUAAUGAAGUUUUAUAACUUUAAUCAGUAAUCCCAAUAUAUUGAUUUAAAUAUGUUAUAGAUAUUUAUCUAAAACAUUGAUAACGUAAAAAAAUGUGUUCCAAAACACAUUUGGAGAAAAUAUUCGGAUAUGUACGUGCGUACGUGGCCUCUCAAAAUUCAAAUGUAUAUAACUCGAGAACGGUUUUAGUCCUACAGUCGGCUACAGUCCCAAAAUUUGUCAGGCGAAAAUCUUUGAUUUCCUCUUAGAUGAAUCUUCAUUUGCUACCAACGAUUCGGAGAAAGUAAAUUGCAAGUUUCUAUUAGCGAUUUUAGGAUUUUAGCAAUAUUUCCUACGACUUUAUUCAGUCGCGAAAUAUAGCUUAUUGUAACGUCUAAUUAUUAUUUAUCAUUUGUCCAAGGACAUUCAAAUUUAAAUACAAAUUUACAGAGUAGUAAAUUCUGUUACUACACGGUUUCACAAAUGUAUCGCAGUGCAAGGGAGUAAUUUUGAACAUUUAGCGUAACAGAAAUAAAGCCAAAUCUCUAACACGUCGAAUUAGUAUUAAUUCCAUAUUUCUGGGUUGGAGGUCAUUUGAAGCCCAUACUAUGUUACAUGGUUGGAUUCGUUUGGAUGCCGGCUACGAUGUGCAAGGAGAAAAAAUGUGCCAUUCCAUUUAAAAACAACUCUGAUAACCUUGAGAAAAGUGGUAAAAAAUGAAAUUAAAAAAAAAACAUUAUGAUAGCCAUGGGCGCCCUUCCGAAUCAUUUAAAUUCCGAUAUUUGCGAACUCCGUAUCUUUAAAUCCAAUAAAGUUAUUUAGGUGUUCUGUUUCUCGCGCCUCACCCUGUAUUUACCAAGUUGAAAUCCAGUAUACCGAAGAAAGAGUUAAUAGUUUGAUUUCUUUGAUUUCAACAUCUGCGUUUAUACAUAUGUACAUCCACUAAACCGUGAGGAACAGAAGUCUAGCACCUGUUUCAGGUGAGAUUCCGUUACAGAACUGUGAAAUUAAAUAACGAAGCAUUUUGUUGGUUUUUCGAUUGCCUUGAUAUAAGGUCGCAAACCAGCAGAAUAUUUCUUUAGUCUGCCACCAAGAUGAUCCGUGGGAAUAUAAUUGAACAAAUUGUCGUGGCAGUGAUUUUAUCGAAUGCUGUCAAUUGUGUAUGUGGGUCACGUAUCUUGGCGAUAUUUCCAACGGCUUCGUACAGUCAUCAAAUUGUAUUAAAUGAAUUCGCCAAGCAGCUUCAUCGACGUGGACAUGAAAUCGUGGUGGUCACGCCGAAUCCAAAUAUGAACGAGGUGUCUGAAAAUUACACGGAAAUCGAUAUUAGUUUCACCCAAGAGGACAUUGCGGAUUUAGACUUCAUAGAGGCGAGACGGGAUCAAGGGAUGCUGUCCGUGUUUAAAUUAUUCUGGGACAUAUUGGACGACAGUGUAGCUAAAAUUUACGAAUUGCCUGAACUUCGUAAACUGUACGCACCGGAAAGUGGAGAAAAAUUUGAUCUAGUUAUUGUGGAAGCGUUUAUACAUCAGGGGCUGUUUAGUUUGGCGCACAGAUUUGACGCACCGUUAAUUGGUAUCACUUCACUGGGACUUAGCAUACCCUUUCAUUAUGUUAUGGGAAAUCCUAUGAUGACGUCACAUCCAUCCAUUUGGGAACUAGAGUACAGGACUGGUACGAAUGUGCCGUUGUGGAGGAAAAUUUGGAAUUUUGUGGAUGUUUGGAGGUAUUAUUAUGAAUUUCAAAGCAGGCAUUUGGUGCGUCAGAAUGCUCUUUCGAAAAAAUAUUUGGGAAAGGACACACCGGAUAUUUGGGACAUUCAAAAUAAUAUAAGUUUUGUAUUAUAUAAUCAGGAUCCAGUUAUCUCAUACGGCAGACCCAAUGUUCCAGGUGUCAUUCCGUUUCGUGGUUUCCACAUUUCAAAGAAAUUACAACCCUUGUCAAAGGAUCUCCAAGAUUUCUUGGAUGGUGCUAAAAGUGGAUUCAUCUAUAUGAGUCUUGGAACCAACGCAAAAAGUAAAUUUUUACCAAACGAAACGAAGGAAAUGUUUCUCCAAAUUUUUUCAAAAUUACCCCAAAGAGUAUUGUGGAAAUUCGAGUCUGAUUUACAUGGGAAAUCAGAUAACAUCUUCAUUUCAAAGUGGUUACCACAACAGACUGUUCUAAGUCAUCCGAACGUCAAAUUAUUCAUCUAUCAAGGAGGUCUUCAAAGUACCGAAGAGGCUAUCCACUAUAAGGUUCCACUGUUAGGAAUUCCAGUCUUAGCUGACCAAGAUAGUCAAGUAAAUAGAAUGGUCGACCAUGGUGUGGCAAAACGCUUAGAAAUUUUGACCUUAGAGAAAGUCCAAGUUGAAGAGGCGAUACAUGAAGUAAUUACAGACAAAAGAUACAAAGAGAACAUGGUGAAACUCAAUGCACUUGUUAAUGACGAACCUUAUGAUUCUUUACAAAAUGCAAUAUGGUGGACAGAAUUUGUUAUUCGUCAUAAAGGUGCACCACAUCUUCGCUCUACUACAGCCAAUGAAGUUUGGUAUGAAAGAUUUGACAUGGACGUCAUAGUUACCUUAACUCUUACGUUAUUCAUUCUAUUUAUCACUCUAUCGCUAGUAUUAAUUAAAUUAACAAUUCUGACCUUUCGAUUGUACAGUAAAUUAUUUACUAGUUCGAAACAGAAGACAUUAUAAAUUAUCAUAUAGAGAUUAAAACCUGGAUGGAAAUUUGAUGUAUAAAAAUAUGACAAAUAUAUAAGCGUAAUGAAUUUUUAAUUACGUAUUGACACACCA